AUGUUCAGCUACGUCGGCACUAUCACGAUAGCCGCCAAUGUUGUGCUUGCGACGCAGCUGCAAGGAAAUGUACUACGUGGGUCUUCCGAAAUCAGAAAUAUUAGGCUUUCGGACAGGACCGGUUCACUGGGGUUGCCUCAAGAUGCACUUGAUAAUCUAGGAAAUUUCGGAAAAGAACUGCUUCAGAAGCUGGUUAAUGAUGCACUGCAAAGAGGUAUCCCCAUAAGCAAUUUCUUGAGCGGAAUGGGCAAUCUGCCAUUCAAUAUCAUCAAUCCGGAAGUUCGCAUCAUCGAGCACGGACUGUACAUUGCAACCGACCUAACCAUUUCGCCAUCGUUGCUUGGCGUCAGUAAUGGCGGAUGUUAA